AUGCCGAGAGCUGCGAGUGGCUUGUUUAUAUCCUCUGGGAAUGCGCGAAGUAUUAAAGAGCAGGAAGAGCUUUUCAAGAAAUUGCAAGUUUCUCAGAGCCUAUUGAAGGAAGCUGAGCAAUUUGUGCCCGGGCGCACGGCUAAAAGAAUUCAGGAAUUUUUGCAGGAAUCAGACUCUGAUUAUGUAUCUAACGAUAUCAACGGCGAUCAAGUCCGUGAAGAUCUUGCCGAAACGCCCCAAGAACCGGCGUAUGAGCCAGCUAGCUCGGAUUCUUCCAUUGGGUCACUGAGUGCCUUGGACGAAGUCGAAUACGAUGUCAAUCUGACUAAGGAAUCUCGAGCCACGGGAUAUAUAGGCAAAAGCUCGGAGAUUACGUGGAUGCAACGACUGCAGCAAGAGGUCCUACAAUGCACCAAUACCCUUGACAAAGACUACACUGCGGGCAAUUAUUUGGGCCCCCACGAGAUAAAUUAUCACGUUGACGAUUUCGAUAUAGGAGUAUCAGAGCCUGUACAGAUGUAUUGGGUCCCCCCUCGGUCCCUAGCUGAUCGGCUUCUCGAUACCUAUAUGCGUGUGGCUCACCCUUACAUCCCUAUUAUCAACCGCCCUUUAUUUUGUAGCCAGUAUGAGAGGUUUUUCGACAGACCUAAUCUUCCUGGUGACAAGUGGAUGGCUAUCCUGAACAUUGUUUUCGCAAUUGCCGCUAUCUAUGCUCAUACUGCUGAGUUGAAUUGGCGUGGGGAUCCUAAAGAUCAUCUUCUUUAUUUGACUCGAGCUCGAAUGUUAAGCAUGAGCGGAGAUGAGGUUUUUCGCCAUCCAGAUCUCCAACAAGUGCAAGUGGAGGGCUUAAUGGCUUUCUAUCUUCUUUCCACAGACCAAAUUCAUCGGGCAUGGAGAAUGUCGGCAUUGGCCAUCCGUUCCGCGGUGGCCCUCGGAAUUAACUUGAAAAGCAGCAACCCAAUGAUCACGAAUGUUUCUAAAGAGGUUCGGAAUAGGGUUUGGUGGUCUCUCAUUACAAUCGAGAACAAACUCAGCCUAAUGACUGGCCGGCCUAAUUGUAUCUCGGUGAGCAUGUGCGCAUCACCUUUUCCACUCCCGUUCGAGGAACAAGAGUUAGACCAGGAACCGGCUACCUCUCUUCUUAACAAUCCUCAAUAUCGGGACAGGCAAAUAAAUGAUGCCAUGAGUAGCUCGUAUUUUCGAAGAGCACCAUUUACCAGAUCCCGGAACGAACGGCAUACACCCUCUGCUCCUGGAUGGCUCCAAUGCCUCCCUGUUUCUAAUGGACUUUACUUUUUGUAUUCUUGUGACCUCACAUUACUGGUGCAGGAGCUAUUAGAUCGCGUGUACGCGGUAGACGCUGUUCACCAACCCUGGAGGGAACUCAAAAGCCGAAUUGACGAGAUCCGAGAAAGGGUCGAUAUCUGGCUCGGCUCGCUUCCGCCUGACUUAGAUUUCACUCGCUUGCAUGAUUACUAUCAAGCUCCUGACGAAAUGACGCGCCUAGCUUUCCAAUAUCACAGCGCACGAAUGAUGCUAGGACGCCCAUGCCUUUGUCGACAACACAAAGAAAUUUCACAAAGCACGAAUGAAGAAUACGUGUUCACGAAAUCCAUGGCUGUGUCAGCCAUCAAGUCAGCCAUCCAAAUGGCCCAUCUGAUCCCAGACGAGGGGAAAGCCAGCGACUUAGAAGGAAUUUGCCAUUGGUGGUGCCUUCUCCAUUAUGCUAUGCAAACAAUAACAAUCAUUAUUCUUGAAAUAUCCUACGAUUGCAUUCAUCUGCCGGAGGAAGCGAGCAUUCUAUUACAGUUGGCGAAGAAAUGUAUACGAUGGCUCCACAGAAUGUCCAGACAUAGUAUUGCUGCUCAUCGAGCCUGGCAACUAUGUGACAGUUCACUCCGCCGGCUGGCAUUGCCCAUGAAUCUCAAUGUGAGCGAUUUGCCAUCGCGCCCCCAUAGGCAGCAACCCGUCGAUGAGAACUCUUUUUCUUUUGACUUAAUUGAAGAGCAUGCCACCGCGCCUACUGAUACUGAUAUACGGGAAUCUAUCACACCAGCCCCUGGUGCAGAAUUUGACACGCCCCAGCUUACGACCCAGACUGAUUCCAAUGCUGGUCCGCGAACAAAUUCCUCACGUUUAGCAGCAGCAGGAGGUGUUGAUCAGUGGCAUUUUGCUCAUGACCGAUUCGAUGACAGUUUUGUAGACCUGUUUUUCCCGGAGCUUUAA